AUGCCCGCUAUCUCAGCACCCGCCAAGGUCCUCGUCUCCGGCGCGAACGGAUACAUCGCAGUAUGGGUCGUGCAGACCCUUCUUGAGAAGGGAUACUCGGUUCGCGGAACAGUCCGGUCGGCGGAUAAGGGAAAGCAUCUGCAGGAGCUAUUUGGGAAGUAUGGUGAUAAGUUUGAGUUUGUUGUUGUGGAGGAUAUCACGAAGGAAGGUGCCUUUGAUGAGGCAGUGAAAGGUGUUGACGCGAUCGAGCAUACUGCGAGCCCGUUCCACUUCAAGUUCAAAGAGCCAGAAGAGCUUAUCACCCCGGCUGUCAAGGGCACUGUCGGUAUUCUCGAAUCGACAAAGAAAUACGGCAAAUCAGUCAAACGUGUCGUCGUAACUGCGUCUUGUGCUUCUGUCCUCCAAUCCGGCUACAAGAUUCCAUCUAAAUUCGAUGAAACGUCCUGGAACGAACCCGCCAUCAAGGAUGUGACCGAGAAUGGAAACAAGGCGAACCCCGGGAACAUCUACCGUGCGUCGAAGACUUUGGCUGAGAAAGCUGCUUGGGAGUUUUAUGAGAAGAACAAGUCCGAGAUUGGUUGGGACCUGACGGUGUUGAACCCUCCGUUCGUUUUCGGUCCCCCAAUUCACGAAGUCUCAUCCCUCUCCUCCCUGAACACAUCCAUGCAACAACUCUACGACGCCGUCGUCGCCGGUAAACUCUCCAACGAGGCCCUGGCCUCGGCCUCAAACUGCUGGAUCGAUGUGCGGGAUCUCGCUAAUGCACAUGUGUUGGCGGCAGAGAAGGAGGCGGCGGGCGGGGAGAGGAUGAUCGUUGCCUCGGGGUGUUAUUGGUGGCAGGAUUUCGUCGACAUCGCCAAUGCCAUAACACCUCCCAUCCUUCCCAACCUCCCAAAGGGAAACCCCGGCAGCACCAAAGCAAAGAAAUACGAGCUCUUGUAUGAUGUCUCGAAAGCGGAGAGAAUUUUGGGGAUCAAGUACAUAGGCGUAGAGCAGAUGAUAAAGGAUUGUUUGGAGGAUUUCAAGAAGAGAGGGGAGGCGUGA